AUGAAUACUAGAAUGAAUACACAUGGUCAUAUUCAUACUACUUCUAAUGAUACUGUCAAUACUACAUUCAGAAGUCCUCAUCAUUUUCGAAAGGGUAUUUCCCGUCUACUCGAACAGAGUACAAUCCACGGAUUACCGCAUAUUUCAACAUCAUCAAACAAUUGUGCACGAUUAAUAUGGUUCGCCUUAUGGUUAGCUGGUGUAGCCGGUUUUCUGACUAACCUUUCACAUGUUGUAGCACAUUAUUUAUCACAUCCAAUUUUGACCAGUUACUAUGAAGAUUAUGAAGAAUUUGUGUGGCCAGAUAUCACUUUCUGUAAUGCUAUGGCACCGUAUGAUUUAAAUACGCAGGAGAGACGAGCACUGUGGAGUCACUAUGUCAAUCGGGCAAGAAAUCUUUCAACAGUGAAUCAUAUACCGAAAGAUCUGUUCAGUAGUAUUGAUGAAGCCGAUACUGAUGAGAUUCUCCUCCAGUCACUUGUACGUUCCAGUGUACCUCAUUGGAGAUUCAAUGUUGGCAAUGUAGAGGAUAUGUUUGAUUUUAUCGCUCGAGAGGAUAGACAUGAAGGGAUACGACUGACAAUAGACAUGGAUGUGAAAUUAACUGAAAUGCCGAGACCAUGGAAAAAUUAUUUCUAUACACAAAUAUUACAAAAGCAUUAUAAUAUACCAUGUCACAAUUUUCAGAUUGCGCGUUAUUUAAACAAAUCAAUAAUGAAGAGAAUAGAAAAAGUUGGAUUCUAUUUAAAAUCUAAUCUCCAUAGUUAUUUGAUUAUUAAUUCUUCGUACUAUCCACACAUAAUUGAUGUCUACAUCACAUCACCAAAUCAUUUCCCUGUAAAAGGAGUUAUUGAAUUAACCCCUGGAUAUAUUCAUCAUGUACAAAUAGAAAUGGUACGUCAUCAACGUAACGAAGAAAAGCGACGGUGUCGUAGAGAAAAGUAUUCAGCAAUGAUAUACGACGCUGAUCUGGUGACAAAACGUCGAAUUUAUGAUACUGGUGGAGAUUUAUGCCAUCGAUUAUUGUCCCAGUAUUUAUAUCUACAAGAAUGUCAUUGUUAUAGUCCAUUUCUCCCGUAUGGUUAUUUCCCUGAUUUACUUAAUAUAACUGAUAGUAAUGAUCAUAAUAAUAAUAAUGAUAAUACGAACACCAAUGGAUCAAUAUCACAGCCAGUCUUGUGUUUAAACAUGUCAGUAUUCAGUGACUAUCAAUUGGUGGAAAAUGUGAAUUGUAUGCACCGUGUUUUCAAAACGUACAGCAAUUCUGGUGUAUAUAUGAGUUUGAAAGGAGCUAAACAGUGUGAAUACUACGCGAACACACCGUACUGUGAUGAAGUAAAGUAUAAUCAUCUCAGUAUAGUAAGUAACCCCAUGCCAGAAUUAUGGGGUAAUACGUAUAAUGAAGCGAGAGGUGACUUUGUAUUCAGUUUAUUUCGUGGUGAUCGAAUGGAGGAAAUUAGUAUUAAUAAUGAUGAUAAUCAUAACAGUGAUAAACAUGAUCCAAGUAAAUACAAGACAGUGAUAUCUGGAAAUGAAUCAGCACUUCGACAUAUUCUCUAUCAAAUACGUAAUAAUUUUGCACUAUUAACGGUAGAACGUGUUAGUCCCCGUGGCAGACUAGUUCUCGAAGAAAACGAGUACCCACUGUCUCGACUAAUAUCUGAUAUUGGCGGUAAUAUGGGAUUGUGGAUUGGUAUGUCUGUGAUUGGUUUAUUUGAAUCUUUUGAACUGAUCGGUUUUAUCAUAUAUAUGCAUCAAUUAAUUAUUUUAAAAACUUGA